AUAAUCCCUUGACCUUCUUGAUUCAAAUAAUAAAAUAUACAUACAUAUAAUAUAAUAAAUAAAAUAAUUCAAAAAAUUCCCCUUAUUUUAGAAUUCUUUAUUUUAUUAUUUAUUAUUCUAAAAUCAAACCUAAACAUCUGAGAAAACAGAGCAUUGUAUAGGUCGACAAAAUGCCACUGAAGGAAAUCACAAAGUAGCAAAAUCAACCCAAAGAUUCAUUCUUUAUAUCAAAACAAAAAGAAAAAAGAAAAAAAGGGAAACUUACAACUUUGGGUAAAUCAGUUCUUGAAAUUUCUUUUUUGGGGCAAGGUAGUAAUUAACCAUGACUGCUAAAACCAAGAGGAGAACGGCCACAGAAAAUGGGGACACAGCUACAGCAGAAGAUUCCGUUCUCGUGACUAUGAUCAGUAAUGGGGAAGAUCUAGGUCCAAUGGUCAGGCUUUCUUUUGAAAGCGGUAAGCCUGAUGCCCUUCUACAGCAACUUAAAAAUGUCGUCAAAAAGAAAGAAGUUGAAAUAGAGGAUCUUUGCAAGCUUCACUAUGAGGAAUUUAUUAUCGCGGUGGAUGAGUUGCGCGGAGUCUUGGUUGAUGCAGAAGAGUUAAAAGCCGAGCUGCAAACUGAUAAUCUGAAGCUGCAAGAUGUUGGGAGCGUCCUUCUCUUAAAACUCGAAGAGCUUCUUGAAUCUUUUUCGAUUAAGAAAAACGUUACGGAAGCAAUUAAGAUGUCGGGAAACUGUGUCCAAGUGUUAGAACUUUGUUCCAAGUGUAACAACCACGUUUCUGAAGGUCGGUUUUACCCUGCUCUUAAGGCCAUUGAUCUGAUUGAGAAAAGUUAUUUGCAGCAAAUUCCUGUCAAGCCACUCAAGACUAUGAUAGAGAAGAGAAUACCGCUGAUUAAAUCGCAUAUUGAGAAGAGAGUAACCAGUGAAGUUAAUGAAUGGCUAGUUCACAUAAGGAGUACAGCAAAGGAUAUUGGGCAAACUGCGAUAGGAUAUGCUGCAUCUGCUCGUCAGAGGGACGAGGAUAUGCUAGCCCGUCAAAGAAAAACUGAGGAACAAAGUUGUUUGGGAUUGGGAGACUUCACUUACACCCUAGAUGUUGAAGAGAUUAAUGAAGAAUCUGUCUUAAAGUUUGACCUAACGCCUCUUUAUCGAGCAUAUCACAUUCACGGUUGUUUGGGGAUUCAAGAACAGUUUCGUGAAUAUUACUACAAAAAUCGUGUAUUGCAGUUGAGUUCAGAUUUGCAGAUUUCCUUGUCACAGCCAUUCCUUGAAUCCCAUCAAAUCUUCUUGGCUCAGAUUGCAGGUUAUUUCAUUGUUGAGGAUCGGGUAUUAAGGACUGCUGGUGGGCUGCUCUUGCCUAAUCAGGUCGAGACAAUGUGGGAAACAGCUGUCGGUAAAACAACUUCACUUUUAGAAGAACAAUUCUCCCACAUGGAUUCCGCCAGUCAUCUCCUCAUGGUCAAAGAUUAUGUGACUCUUCUUGGGUCAACCCUCAGACAGUAUGGCUACGAAGUGAGUGCAAUUCUUGGGACACUAAAUAGUAGUCGAGAAAAAUAUCAUGAACUUCUUUUGGCAGAGUGUAGGCAACAAAUAACCGCCGUAGUCACCAAUGAUACAUUUGAGCAGAUGGUAAUGAAGAGGGAGGCAGAUUAUCAAGCAAAUGUCCUAUUGUUCCAUCUACAGACCUCUGAUAUAAUGCCGGCUUUCCCUUUUAUCGCUCCGUUCUCUUCCAUGGUGCCUGAAUGUUGUCGCAUCGUUAAGUCGUUCAUCAAAGAUUCUGUCAAUUACUUAUCGUAUGGGAGCCAAAUGAAUUUUUUCGAUUUUGUCAAAAAGUAUUUGGAUAAGCUCUUGAUUGACGUACUGAACGAAGUCCUACUCGAGACUAUUUAUAGCGGUACUACCGGUGUGUCUCAGGCUAUGCAAAUCGCUGCAAAUAUAGCUGUUUUUGAAAGGGCUUGUGAUUUUUUCCUUCAACAUGCAGCUCAACAAUGCGGUAUUCCUGUCCGUUUAGUUGAAAGGCCUCAAGGCAAUUUAACUGCCAAAAUCGUCCUCAAAACUUCAAGAGAUGCUGCUUAUAUGGCAUUACUAAGCUUGGUGAAUGCAAAAUUGGAUAAAUUUAUGUCACUCACGGAAAAUGUCCAUUGGACAGCAGAAGAAGCUCCCCAGCAGGGCAACGAGUGCAUGAAUGAGGUGGUUAUAUAUCUCGACACCCUCUUAUCCACUGCUCAACAAAUUUUACCUCUCGAUGCUUUGUAUAAGGUUGGGAUUGGAGCGCUUGAGCAUAUCUCGAAUUCAAUUGUGGGAAUUUUUCUCAGUGACUCGAUAAAGAGAUUCAAUGCUAAUGCAGUAAUGAGCAUUGAUCAUGAUUUGACAGCGUUGGAGUCUUUUGCUGAUGAGAGGUUUCAUAGUACUGGGCUGAGUGAAGUUUACAAGGAUGGUAGCUUUCGAAGUUGCUUGAUAGAAGCCAGACAAUUGAUAAACCUCUUGCUAAGCAGUCAACCAGAGAACUUUAUGAAUCCUGUCAUACGACAGAAGAACUAUAAUGCUCUAGAUUAUAAAAAGGUUUCCACUAUCUGUGACAAGUAUAAGGACUCAGCUGAUGGACUCUUUGGAAGUCUUUCAAGCAGAAACACAAAGCAGAGUGCUCGUAAAAAAUCAAUGGAUGUGCUGAAGAAGAGAUUGCGGGAUUUCAACUGAAACUUGUGAUAAUUGAACAAGAAACUAGCUUUUUCUGUUAGAAAUAAAUGAAAACUUUAUUUCCUGCUGCGUUUUCUCCAGAAAUAUUCACAUUAACUGUAUCUUUGUUUUCAAUCAUGUUAGCACUACCUUGGUUAUUUGGAAAA